UAAGAACCACAACAAAGCUGUGCUUUGGCUUCAUCAUUCCUGCUUUCAGUGUUUACUUUAUGAAUACACUCGGCACUUAGGAAAGAAAACGCAACAGUGUAAGGUCUCAAAGUUCACUGUUGAGACUUGCAGAACCUCCCUCUCCUUGUCAUUCCGCACUGGGAGGACUUUAGCCCUCUUCAGCCUUAACCGGGGCUGUGCCCCCUUAUAGCUCCUUUUAGCUGUUCACUGGCAACAGCCACACAACUGCGCUCAUUGGGGAGGAAGAGAAAGGAUACUCCAUAGAUCACGGAAGAGCAGAGGAACGAGUCACUGGGCAAAGGUGCCGAGGAACAUAGGAGGUGUCUCAAAAAUGGAUGUUCGACGGCUGGAAAUCCCUGCUGAGCUUGCUGCCCUACUGCGUUUGGCUGAAGGUCACCACCAUGCCCAAAUUAACCAGGUCACAGAAGUCUCCCCUCCGGAAGUUAAAGCAAAGGCUGAUCUCUCUCUGCCUCCUGACAUCAAUAGCUUUCCAUUCUCUGCGUUCAUAAGGUCGCAUUUCCAGGAAGAGGGUUUCCCUGUCCUUGGGCAGCCCCUGCAACAGCCUUUGACCAGACUGGAUGGUGAGCAGAGGCAAAGUGCUCUGCAGCUCAACAAAGUGAUCCUGCGGUUCAUCAAUGACAAGGACCUUCAGGACUGGCAAGAAAAGCUCCUGGGGAACUAUAUAGCAAGUCGAGGGCUGGCCAGCCUCUCCCUGCGCAAUGAGCUGUUGAGCCAGGUAGCCAGUCAGAUGUGGAAGAACCCAGACCUGGAGCAAGGCCAACGAGGUUGUGUGUUGAUGGCUGCCCUCCUGGGCACUUUUGCCCCUUCUCCAGCUCUGGAGAAGCCCCUGCUGAAGUUUGUGUCUGACCAUGGUCUGGACGGAUAUAACGGUGUUUGCCAGCGUAAACUCCUGAUGUCAAUGAAGCAGAUGGAAAGCGAUCCAGAAGUGUCCCGUAGCUUUCCUCCCACCCAGCUGGAGUGGACUGCCAAUCAGAGGAAAGGCAAGAUGGUGUUGGAUGUUUACACCUACAAAGAGGAGAGGCUUUCAGCUGAAGUGGAGUCCUGGACAACAGGAGAGCAAUAUGCAGGCUGGAUCCUGAGUUCAAGGGGCCUGGAUACAGUACCUCGCGGCUGGUCUGUGUCCAUGUUCACAGGCAAGGCGUGGCAGGAUUUGCCAGGUUGUGACUUUGUGCUGGAUCUCAUUGGAGAAAUAGAGGAAGGCAACUGGCCCUCUGAAUCCUCCCCUGACUAUCCUAUAACCCCGGAGUGGGAUGAGAGCUAUUCCCAUCAGAGCUCUUCAGAUAGGAUGCCCUUGGACAUCCCCCCUGCACCAGGCAUUCGGGCACCUUCAUUCCCCCCACCCUCCCUGCCUCCAAACUUUGACAACAUCGCUCAUCCAGAGUCGAGCCCCAGAGGUAGCUCAAGAUCCACUGGAGGGCUGGAUCACUUUGUGGACGGUCUCUUCAUGCCUCUGCUGCAUCAUGGGACCAGGAGUCAGACGCCAGAUAUGGAGAGUGAAGGGAAUCUGACCGGACGCAUGAAAGGAGGUGGAAAAAUUGGGCCCACUCACCAUGGAGCCUUCUCAGGCUAUUCAGGAAUGAUGAGCAUGCCGUCUUACCAACCCAUGCCCGUCAUGGGCGGCAUGAUGCCAGCCACCAUGCCAAUGAUGCCAACGCUUGGUGGAAUGGGAACAAUGCCAGCUAUGGCUAUGCCUCAGCCUCAGCCCAUUAUGCCAUCAAUGGAUCCAAACCAGAUAGCUGCACAGCAACAAGCCUUCAUCAACCAGCAGGCCUUGCUUAUGGCUCAGCAGAUGACUCUUCAAGCCAUGACAAUCUCCCAGCAGCAGCAGCAAAAGGAGCAACAGCGCCAGCAAAAAGACAGGUCUCCUGAGCUUUCAAGGCCAAGACGAACAUCACCACAGAGGAGGUCACUUGAGCUUUCAAGGCCAAGUCGAGCAUCAGAACAGGAGCGAUCGCCUGAAUCUUCAAGGCCAAGACGAGCAUCUCCUCCUCCACAUCUGCCAGCUCCAACUGCUAAACCCAAGAGCCUCAAAAGCGCCACCAAGCAAGAUGCAUCAGUGCCUGACCUACAAGAAUAUCCAUCUCCACCACCAGCACCGAUCACCCUCCUCCACGGAAACCAGUCCUCAGACAUCAGAGAGGACCCCAUCUCUCGAGAGUCGUUCCAGAAGAAAGUUGAGUUCUUCCAGAAAAUGGGGCAGCAGAAAAGUCAUGUGAAGGAAGCAACUCCUUCUCCAAAAAGGUGGACACCUCCAAGUAAACCACCAUCAGAUGACCAAGAGACUAGCCCACAACCAAAUUCAGGUUCGCCGCACUCUACGCAGACAGAAAAUGACCAACAUUCUCAACCAACCCAGGAGAUACGGAGCAUCAUCAAAACUCACAAGGCUCAGCCUGUCCCACCACCAAAACCCAUCACCCCAUUUAGAAAUGUCUCUAAACCUUUCGCAAAGAAGAAUGACCCAAAGGAGGAAGCUCUGGCAAAGCUGGGGAUUGUGGGACACUCGCAGCUGUCCUCUUCAUCACCGGAGAGGAGCCCCCAAGCAUCUCCUCCUCCACUGCCACCACCUGGCAAGUUGUCCAGCUCCAUCAAAGAAAAGCAGCUGCCCCUCAUGAACCUAUUUGCUCGGCCACCACCAACCUCCCCUCCUAACCCGGUGCUUCCUCCUCCCCCCCUGCAACCUCCACCACCCCUUCCUUUGGACUACGCUUCAGAAGAAACUGGCAUGAGAGACUCAGCUCAGACAGUGGUGGAAGACGGCGGGAUCAGAACCCAGCUCUUAGGACACUCCGCUAGUGUCACUUUCUCCUAUACCAACCCUACUUGGAAGCUCUUCCUGCGCAAGGAGGUUUUUUACCCCAAGGAAAACUUCAGUCAUCCUUAUUGCUUAAAUUUGUUAUGUGACCAGAUCAUGACAGACACUUAUUCGGAGUCAUGCAUUCGGAUCUCCAAAGAGGAGAAGCGUAAGAUGAAAGACCUGUUGGUGGAGUUCCAGGUGGGCAUGGAUGCCAGCUCCAUUCUAGAUGAUGGGAUAAAGAAGAGGAUUGUGGUAGCUGCUCGUGAUAACUGGGCUAACUAUUUUUCCCGCCUUUUCCCAGUUAAGGGAGAAAACGGGAGUGAUGUUCAGAUUCUGGCCGUUUCUCACCGGGGGCUCAAGCUGCUGAAGAGAGCAAAAGCAUCCGGCUUCAAUGCUGAGCAGCUGAAAACCCUUUGCAGUUACAGUUAUUCAGAUGUGCUGUCCUUAGAGCUGAUGGACCGCAGUACCCUUCAGUUCUCUCUGAAGGAUGAGCAGCUCAUCCUUCACUCUCGAAAGGCUCGGCAGAUUAAGACCAUGGUCGAACUCUUCCUGCUUGAACUGAAAAAGGACUCCAACUACGUCAUAGCUUUGCGCAGCUAUGUAACAGAUGACAAGAGCCUCUUGAGCUUCAAGAAAGGCGACUUCAUCCAACUACUGCGCAUGGAGGGACUGGAGCCAGGCUGGCAGUUUGGCUCCGUUGGCGGUCGCUCCGGCCUUUUCCCUUCCAGCAUGGUGCAGCCGGCGGCAGCUCCCACUUACCACAGUCUCCAUCCAAACCGUACAAACCGCCAGGAAGCCAUCAGGAAGAGCCUAAGGAGAGAAACACAGCUGGAGAGAAACAUUAGCAAGGAGAACUUGAGCUCCAGCCUGGAGUCAGAAGUCAAUAAUACAAGAGCCAGCACUCCUCCUUGCAACUAUACUAUGACGGAGUUUGCCGCAACACACUUCCAGGAAGCCCAGUCCGCGCUGGGAUGGAAGGGGAUGAGUGCUGAACAGAAGGACCCAGCUCUCAUGGUUCAGCAUACUAAGGAACCAAUCAAGGAAUCGCUCCUCUUCUACUCUGAUGGCAAGAUGAAUGAGCUGGCUACGAAAAGUUUUUUGACUCUGAUGAGAUUCAUGGGAGACCAGCCAGGCCUCAAGAGCAAAGAUGAGGUUGAUUAUGUCUAUGAAAUUCUCCAGCUGUGCAAAGAGAAGGAGAAUCUGUGUGACGAGGUUUACUGCCAGGUCAUCAAGCAGAUCACACGGAACCCCAGUCAAGACAGCUGCCACCGUGGCUGGAGGCUCCUGGGCCUCUUGACUGGAUACUUCCUCCCUUCCAGCAUCUUGAUGCCAUAUGCCACCAAGUAUUUGCAGCAGGCCAGCUCUGAUACCAGUUCCAGCACAGAAAUAGCCAGGAUUUGCCAGAGCAACCUGAGGAAAAUGGUUAUGUAUGGAGGCCGUCGACACUUGCCGUUCCGUGUGGAGACUGAAGCGCUUCUGAAGGGACGUGGCUCGCGUCAUAUAUCGGUCAACCUACCUGGAGGUAUGAGAUACAACACGAAAAUCAAGACAUUCACGGUUGCUGGAGACAUGAUGAAAGAAAUCGCGGAGCAGAUGGGGGUCACUGAGCCAGAAGAGAUUCAGGAAUUUGCCAUCCUGGCCAACAAAGAUAACGGUAAGUUUGUACGUCCCUUGCGCCAGACUGAGUACAUCCAUGAUUAUUUGCUUGAGGGAAGUUCGGUAGAGCUGGAGUUCUGCAGAAUCACCUGGAGGACACCCUUGCACUUUGAGAAUGACAUGUAUAUUAACCUUCACUUCAACCAGGUGCUGCAGAAUUAUAUGAAAGGGAAGCUGUUGCUGCCAGUCACCAGGGAGCUAGAGAAGCUGGUGUGUGCCUUGGCUCUGCUCCAGCACUGGGCCAAGGGAGCUGGAUCAAUCCCUUCCAUAGAGGAACUAGUAAGUUACAUCCCUGAUCACGUUGCACGCCUCAUCAACCCAGUCAUUGUUCAAAGUUCUGUCACCCAUCAGCUGAAAACCACAAACCAACUUGAGCGACAGGAGGCAAAAAUCAGUUUCAUUGAGCAUGUGAUCCAGCUGCCGCUUUUUGGCUACAACGUUUACACUGUGGAGAAGAUCAGCACACUUGGGGUCCCCACGCCUUGCUUUGUAGGAGUGAAUCAGGAACAGAUCAUUGUAGUGAAUGCGAAGUCCCAGAAACUUCAUGGCCUCAUUCCACUGGCGACGAUACAGAGAAUGCGGACUUUGCGCCCCCUGAAUGAAUCUGGGCUUCCUGGCCUGGAAAUUAACUACGGCUCAGCAGCAGAUCCCGAAACGAUUUGGUUUGAAUUUAAGCAGGCUAAAGCAUUGUACCACACGAUUGCCAUCAUCCUAGAAGAAACCGAAUCUGAGGCUUAGUGGCAGAAAUGCCUUUAUUGAACUCUGAAAUCAUAAAGCUUCAUGCAAAUUCUGUUCAUCGCAAGCAUCUGAAGUAAGCAUUGUUACCUUGGUUCUUGCUGUGCCUCCUAUGCCAACCUCACUGCAGCAGAUUUUCCCUCUAAUCUUUAUUUAGGUGCUUUUUUUUAAAAAAAAAAAGCAUGUUUACCCUUUCAGUUCCAGAGAGCAAAACUGGCUUAACAGAUCUAGACAUGCUUCUUAUUACAUGUAAUGAAGUUCAAGGAAGGACACAGGUAUUUACAGUUUGUUUUUGCUAAAAGCAGAUCCAGGUUUACCAAAGCAUUGCUGACUUUCACUGUUACUGGCGCUGACACACACUAUCUAGAUGUUCAGGUAUUAUUAAAGCACUGACAUUCUGCCUUUACUGUCCUCAAUGGCUGUUGUGACUCUCCUUGAUGCUUGUUUAAUUGUGGUUCAUAUAUGUGCUCUGAGCAGCCUCAGUACAAAUAUUCCUUUGAGAUUAAGUCUGCAUCCCUGCCCUGAUACAGAGCAUUCAAAAAUGCUGACAAAGGGGCAGUUAUUGUAGAUAUCAUUCAUGUGUGGAUCUGAAAACUGGAAUAUGUCCCUCCCUACAGACAACAGGUGCAGAAUGCCCUACCAAGAGACACUAAUGUCGCCCUUGAGGGGUGGCAAACUGUUGGCUGAUGCUUAUGGUGUGAUAGAUUUUGUAAUGGUUUUGACAGCUAGAGUUAGGUGCUACUGCGAUUCAUUGUCUGAAACUGGUAUGGUGUUCAUAUCGCAGCUCCUGAGCUGCUGUCAGAAUGCAAAGGCAGACGCACAGAGCCUGAGAACAUGCUUCUCAGGCUCCAUGCACUUGGCUGCUGCUCGCCUUUGCCCAAGCAGACAAAGGCAGGCAGGUGCCUUUGAAGGAGCCUGGCUUAUGCGAACUGGAGGGGGAGGCGCUUGAUGAGCUGUGGGAGGGGGGCAGGAAGCUUGCUUCUCAGCUGAUCAACCCCCCUACCACUCUUUCUUGCGAGAGCCAGAGCAGUAUGGGACUGGGUGAUGUAUCUUGGCUGCUGCUUCCUCUCCCAAGGUGGGUAGGAAGAUCGAUCCUUUGUAUAUGAGCUACUGUCCUGGCCCCUGUGUGUGAUUUCCAGUGGUAAAAAUAAUGAGAUUAAGCUGUAUAAGCUCUUUAACAUUCAUUUUAUUAGCAGCGCACCACGAACCUUUUAAAGUAACAAACCCCUAGCUCCCAAGUGCAAGUUAUUAAGAAGGGGGGUCCCUCUGCCAGGCCCACCUUUGUCUAGGAGUUCCCACUAAAGGAAAAGGUUAAUGCUUCUCUAUGGCCCGAGUCUAAGGCACAGAUGAACAUAAUCCCAGCAGGGAAUCUACAGUCUAUGCCGAACUUGAACAAUACAUAAAUAAAGCAGCAUCUUCCUACUAAAACCCCUGGGCAAUUUUGUCACAGUAGUCUGGUAAGAUGACAUUACAGGCACAAUGCAGCAAUAUGGCUUUAAGUGAAUACUUGCACAGCCCUCAUACCAAGGACUCUGCACAGCAGACUCACCUCUGCCCAGUCAACUGUGAUAUUUGGAAGGCUGGUUCUCUUAACAUCCUGAUGGACAAUACAAAGUGGCUAAUACAAAUGGCUACAUCUCAUAUUAUAACCUGUAAAGUAUUUUGCAUAUACACCCGAAAAACAUAGUUCUGCACAUGCAACACACUCAUGUUUUCUGCAGGUGCAAAUGUCCAGGGCUCCUUACCGUGCAUCAAACGCGCCUGUCAUCACAGAGCUUGUGAAGCAGCCCUAACAUGAACCUACCUGGAAUCAUAUGUCAGUAAUAACCUAUUUGCAAAGGUCUCUGAUUUCUUUAGACUUACUCCAUAUGCACAAAGAAAAAUGCAAUUAUACAUUGCAAUGGCAACAACUUUCCUGAAAUAUGUAUUAGGCCUUUCCAUCAGAAGGAGGUGCUCCUGGAUACAACUGUUUACUGCAAACAAAAAACAGAAUAUAAACACUGGUAGCCACCAAAUAGAAUUUGGCAGGGAUGGAAGGGUUGCCCCAUGGCCUCUAUCUAUUCCUGAGGUUUCACAAAAUAUAAAACUCUCCCUCCUAAAGCUGUACACAUUUACAAAUUAGAGAAACUGCACAUUUCAACUUACGUUAAGCAAGGACAUGCCCUCAAGCCUUGAAGAAGGCUGUUCUCUCCUGAAAAUACAUGCAUUUGUAUGUAACACAACUAUGGGGAGCAUAGAAGUUGGCAAACAUGUAUUUUGCAACUUCAUGUGCGAGUGGAGUCAUUUGGGAUAACACAGCUGGCAGGAACUGCCACCAAUAACCUCCCCUGCCCUG